AUGGCGAAUUCCGUGAUGAGCCUGUUGGCCCAUAUAGUGGCGCUUUUCCUGGUCUUUCAGAGCGCGCAUGCUAAGACAGUUACUUACGACUUCAAUGUCACCUGGGUGAUGGCAAAUCCAGAUGGUCUAUAUGAGCGAAAAGUGGUCGGUAUCAAUGGGCAGUGGCCCCUGCCAACAAUCGAUGUGGAUCAAGGUGAUAGACUCGUGGUCAACAUGUUUAAUGGCCUUGGAGACAAAAGUUCUUCAAUUCACUUCCACGGCAUGUUCCAAAAUGGGACCAAUGACAUGGAUGGCCCUUCAAUGGUCACUCAGUGCCCCGUGGCGCCAGGAUCCUCCAUCACAUACAACUUCACCGUUGAACAGCACGGGACAUAUUGGUACCAUUGCCACACGGACUAUUGCUAUCCAGAUGGUUAUAGGGCCCCUUUAAUAGUUCAUGACAACAGCUCAUACUUCAACGACAUGUAUGAUGAAGAAUUUACGAUUUCAUUAUCAGAUUGGUACCACGAUCUUAUGGAGGACAUAACCUUCAUCAGCCGUACAAAUCCCACUGGAGCCGAACCGCUUCCACAGUCUUUCCUUUUCAAUGAUACUACCUCGGCUACCAAUCUUUCAGUUGAGCCUGGCAAGACCUACCUCCUGAGAUUGGUCAAUAUUGGUGCAUUCGUGGCACAGUAUUUCUAUAUUGAGGACCACAGCUUUCAAAUCGUCGAAAUUGACGGCGUUUACACGGAGGCUACCAAUGCCAGUAUCCUCUAUAUCGCUGUCGCUCAGCGGUACUCAGUGCUCGUGACGAUGAAAAAUUCAACCGAGAAGAAUUAUCCUAUCGUGACAGUUGCGGACUCCCAACUAUUAGACACCAUCCCGAGUGACCUGAAGUUGAACAGCACCAAUUGGUUGCAAUAUAAUCCAUCAGCACCUCAUCCGCAGGCCAAUAUCACCGUCGCCUCUUGUACAGACCUGGAUCCGUACGACGAUAUGAAUCUUGUGCCUUAUGACCGCAUGGCACUCUUGCCUGAUCCCGAUCUCACCAUCGAAUUAACAGUCUACAUGGAAGACCUGGACAAUGGCGCCGACUACGCACUCUUGAACAACAUCUCUUAUACAGCGCCUAAAGUUCCAACACUAUAUACUGUGCUCUCGGCCGGUGAUCUUGCUACCAACUCUCUGGUCUAUGGCGAAUUCACACAUUCAAUGAUUCUGGAGCACAAUCAAGUCGUUGAAAUCAUCCUGAACAACGGGGAUACUGGCUCUCAUCCCUUCCACUUGCACGGUCAUCAAUUCCAAGUGAUCAACCGGGCUCCUGGCUAUGGAGCACACUUCUACGACUAUGCUGAUGGGGAUCCCGUCCCUUAUGACCCAUCGAACCACACCGCAUUCCCGGAAUAUCCAGCUAGACGUGACACGUUUGUCCUACCUCCACAGGGUUAUUUCGUCAUUCGAUUCGUCGCAGAUAACCCCGGUGUCUGGAUAUUCCACUGUCACAUCGACUGGCAUCUGAUGCAGGGAUUAGCCAUGGUCAUGAUCGAGGCUCCACUUCAGAUUCAGGAGCGUGUCACGAUUCCAGAGAACCAUUAUGAGGUGUGCAAGGCUGCGGGCGUUGAGUAUGAAGGGAACGCGGCAGGAAAUACGCAAGACUAUCUUGAUUCUACUGGACAGAAUACACAGGUUGGGUGGUUACCUGCUGGGUUCACUACCAAGGGUAUCGUGGCGAUGGUGUUUUCUUGCAUUUCGGCUUUCUUGGGAAUGGCUUUUAUCUCUGUUUAUGGCGCGUCUGGUAUUCCGAAGAAGAAGACUGAGACUACAGAAGUGGUAGAUGGGGCGUCGACUGAGAACUGA